UGUCAUUCAUUCAAUGCGAAUCCAUCAUUUACAGCCUGCUAAAUGGCUCUCACCAUGGUCAGCUUUGGCCAUGGCCAUGGUUGCUUUAAACCUCGCCAAUCUCUCGGUUUAUGCACAGGAACAGGUUCAGGACACGCAAGAGCAACCGCGCGAAACAGUAGACCCUGAUCCAUUGCGGUUAAAAGGGCAAGGCGGACAGGCGUUGUAUGAUUCGGCCAUGUAUCAGCUCCAGCUCAUUGCUCAGAAACAACGAGAAAGAGAGGCUAACGUGCGAAAGUCUUCACAACUUCCGUUUGUUUCUGACAUUUUACAAAUUAUCAAUGAACCUAGUUUCAGACACGACGCCCUCGCUCGGUCUUCCUCUGUAGACGCCAAGCUACAGCUGGCUGUGACUUUGCUUGAAGAAGCCGCUUCAGUUCAUAGCCAUGAUGAUGCUUUAUUUGCGCUUGCCGAUAUGAAUUUCUAUGCCAAAUACAAUCAUCCCAGAAAUUACACGGCAGCCUUUCAAUAUUACUCCACGCUGGCUUCGCGGACAGGCAAUGCUACAGCCCAACAACACCUGGGCUUUAUGUAUGCUACAGGCAUUGGCAACGCCGUAGAACGGGACCAAGCAAAGGCAUUGAUCUAUCAUACAUUUGCAUCGUUUGGCGGUGAUGUGGGUGCAAGUCUCACUCUUGGCUAUCGAUACCUCAUGGGCAUUGGAACCGAACAAUCUUGUGCAGACGCACUGUAUUACUAUCGAGAAGUGGCUGACAAAGUUAUGGAACAUUACCGAGAAGGACCACCGGGUGGGCCACCGUUGAGACUGACGAAAUUACCCAUCUGGGAUGAUAAAGGCGGGCUUUUCGGUUCCAAGGCAAGUUCCAUGACCAGCUCCAAAAAACAAGAUGGUGUCAGCUUGGACGAAAUUCUUCACAUGUAUCACACCAAAGCUGAGAAUAGGAAGGAUCCUCAAGCACAGAUUGUUUUGGGACAAAUUUACUAUCAAGGUUCCAGCGUUGGAACUUCCAUUGUUCAACGCAACAUGAAAGCGGCGUUCAAAUUCUUUAGCAUGGUGACCAAACAGUUCUUUCCCGACAACGACGAUACCAAUGCACCGGAACUGCAGCCACAGGAAGCCAAACUCGCCGGAAAAGCAGCUGGUAUGCUGGGGAGAAUGUACAGACGAGGGGACGGCGUACAACCCAGCUUGGAGAAGGCCAAAAUGUGGUUUAUGCGCGGCACGCAAUUGGAUGAUCCUGCUUCUGCCAAUAGUUUAGGAGAGAUGCUUUAUACCGGCGCUCUUGGAAAACAGGAUUUGGUCAAUGCCAGAGUUCUCUUCAAACAAGCAGCUGAAUUGGAAUACGAUGAAGCACAGGUCAACUUGGCUACUCUGUACUUCAAUACUGGCGAAAUGACAGACGAGGCUAUGGCAUUGCUAAAAGCUGCCAGUCACAAGAAGAACCUGCGAGCCAUGUACAUGCUUGCUAAUAUCUAUUCUUCCGAAGUAUCCAAUCAACAGUCUUGUGUCCUCGCAGUUACCUACUACAAGAUGAUGGUAGAGCGCGGUGACUGGUUAUACUCCACGUUUGACGAAGCAUACCAUGCCUAUAUGCGGGAUGAUUAUGAUUCAGCUGUGUUGUAUUACAUGCUGGCUGCUGAGAAAGGGUUUGAGCUUGCGCAGUCGAAUGUUGCAUGGCUACUGGAUGACCAACCAUCACUUUUCAAUCGAGUGCGCAAUGUCACGGACGACAUGGACAAUCAAGCAGCCCAAGAGCAUGCCUUAAUCUAUUGGACCAGAGCUGCCAAUCAAAACAAUGUCGAAGCUCGGGUCAAGAUGGGCGAUUGCUAUUAUCAUGGUAUUGGCACUUCGGUGGAUUACGAAAAGGCCGCGUCAUGCUAUCAAGUGGCAGCUGAAAUGGAACGGUCAUCGCUAGCCAUGUGGAACCUUGGCUGGAUGUAUGAGAACGGUAUUGGCACCGUGCGUGAUUUCCAUUUGGCCAAGCGGUGGUACGAUAGCUCGCUCCAUUACAACCGUGAAGCGUAUCUGGUGGUCAAGUUGUCAUUGAUCAAGCUGCAUGCUCGAUACUACUGGAAUUAUUUCUUUGGCCGAGAUGUCGGGCGUCCCCUCUCAUCGGGCGAUGAUGCCGACUCCUCCGAAGAUGAACAGUUCACUAGUUGGACGGCUUGGUGGACCAAAGCCAUCAAAAAGAAAAACAAUGAGAUCCAGCGGAAGGUCAUGGACGACAAUCGGCCGGAAUGGGAUAUCGGCGAUGAAGGAGAGCAUUUAGCGCGGCAAUACGAUCGGCAUCGACGACAGAAUGAAAUUGACGAAGAAGAUAGCUUGUAUGAAGGUGGCAAUGGCAUAGACGACGAGGAUUACUCUGAAGAAGAUGAAUUAGUGGAAAGUUUGAUGAUUUUGGCGCUCUGUGUCCUGGUUGGAUGGUUGGUGUAUGUUCGCCAGUUUCGAUUUCAAAACCCCAUGCCUGCUGCUGCCCCAGCACCAGCACCUGAAGAUGAUGAAGACGAUCGAUAGACAGUGGCUUGAUUUCUAUAAAAAGUAUAUUAGUGGCAACCAGAUGACGCGGACAUACGUUUUGUCUCCCAUACGCCACAUGCCCAUUUCAUACCCAGCCCAGUAAUAAAAUUUUGCUUUUUUCAAUUACUUUUCACAUA